AUGUCUGACGGCGCGGAUAAGACGGACGAGCUCUACCCAAUAGCCGUGCUAAUUGAUGAAUUAAAGCAUGACGAUGUUCUCUUACGAUUAAAUGCUAUACACCGUCUGUCAACGAUUGCACUCGCGCUGGGAGCUGAGCGGACCAGAGAUGAAUUGAUUCCCUUCUUAGAUGAAUCCGUGGAAGACGAAGAUGAGGUCCUUACUGCUCUCAGCGAAGAGCUUGGUAACUUUGUUGAGUAUGUUGGGGGUCCCGAAUAUGGCCAUGUUCUUUUGUCUCCGCUCGAGAAUCUGGCUGCUAUCGAGGAACUCUUGGUGCGAGAGAAGGCAGUGGAAUCUUUGAACAAAAUCUGCGAAGAGCUCUCUCCACAACAAGUCGAAGAAUACUUCAUUCCCCUCACGAUCCGACUCUCGAAGGCAGACUGGUUCACAUCGAAAGUUUCAGCGACAGGUCUCUACAAUGUCCCAUAUAAGAAAGCUUCACCCCCUAUGCAAGAACAACUCCGACAACAAUUUGGACUUCUUGUUCAUGACGAAACGCCGAUGGUCCGGAGACAGGCCGCAAAUAAUCUAGCCAAGUUCGUAAAGGAGAUGCCUGCUACAAUCGUCGUCGAGGAAAUGAUACCCCUUUUCCAACAUCUUGCCGGCGAUGACCAGGAUAGUGUGCGGUUACUGACAGUAGAGAUAUUGAUCGCCAUUGCCGAAGUUGUGCCAAAAGAGCAACAGUCGAGUCAUGGUGUCCUUCUUACGGCAUUGAGAAGUCUGAUUGAAGACAAGAGCUGGCGUGUCAGAUACAUGGUUGCCGACAGGUUUGAGAAGAUCGCUAAGGCAGUAGAUGAUGAAGUUGUAACAAGAGAUCUUGUUCCGGCUUUCGUGAAACUUCUCAAAGACAGCGAGGCGGAGGUCCGGACAGCUAUUGCGGGUCAAAUUCCAGGCUUCUGCAAACUCGUCGAUAGGACGACCCUCCUUAACGAUAUCAUGACUACAGUAGAGGACUUGGUCUCUGACACCUCUCAACAUGUUCGAGCUGCUCUCGGUACUCAGAUCAGCGGAUUAGCCCCUAUUCUUGGCAAGCAAGAGACCAUUGACCACCUUCUUCCCAUGUUCCUCCAAAUGCUCAAGGAUGAAUUUCCCGACGUUCGGCUUCAUAUCAUUUCAAAGCUGGAGCUAGUAAACCAAGUCAUUGGUAUCGACCUUCUCUCGCAAUCCCUUCUUCCUGCCAUUGUUCAACUUGCAGAAGACAAGCAAUGGCGUGUUCGAUUAGCCAUAAUCGAAUACAUCCCUCUCUUGGCAAGCCAACUAGGCGUCAAGUUCUUCGACGAAAAACUAUCUGCACUCUGCAUGGGGUGGUUGGGAGACACGGUUUUCUCCAUUCGUGAAGCGGCAACACAUAACCUCAAGAAGCUUACAGAAGUCUUCGGGGUCGAAUGGGCCAACGAGGCUAUUAUUCCAAAGGUCAUGGCGAUGGGAGCGCAUCCGAAUUACCUUUACCGAAUGACCACUUGCUUUGCGAUCACUACCCUUGCACCAGUCGUCAGUUUGGAUGUUGUUUCAAAGUCAAUUCUUCCCAUGAUGGACAAGCUUGUUGCUGAUGAUAUCCCGAAUAUCCGAUUCAACGUCGCCAAAUCAUAUUCUGAGCUCAUCACGGUCCUGAAACGCCUUCCAGAUGAAGGCACCAUCUACUCACUUGAGAAGUCCGGAAGCUCCGCACCACCCUCAGCGAGAGGUCAAGUUCUCAUUCAAGAGAGGAUUCUGCCAAACUUGGAGAAGCUGCAGAAGGAUGAUGAUGUUGACGUUCGGUUCUUUGCUACUACAGCAGCUUCUUCGAUCUCAGGCGAACCGAUGAAUACAUCACCAUAG